AUGGCAACCAAGUCGAAUACAACGUCGUUGCCGGGGGGCCGGCGGAUCCAGCCCCGCAAAUGCGCCGCUUCUACUAAAACCGCCCGCGAGGAGCUGCUGCCAACAGCUGCCUCAGCCACUAUCUCCGCCGUCCUUCCGAGCCUGAUGGUGUUGAUGGUGCUGGUAGCGGCGAACUCAGUCCCGGCAGCACUCGCCGGCGAGGUGGUACUGCACAACAGCACCUUGAUUGUCUCCAACGGAACGUGCGAGUUCGGCGUUUUGGAAACCGCGUUGCAGGACGCGGUCCUCACGGCAGCCGCACUGAACAACGCCGGACGACGGCGGCGGGCCGAGCACGCAAUGGGCUAUCUGUGUCCAGACAAAGUGUCGCUGUGCGGAGAGCAAGCCGUAUUGGAGAGCAGCGUCGAGAUUGAGGCGAACAACUCGCACAUCGUGGUACAGCCCCCAAACACCACCUUCACCUCCUUGUACCUUGCCCUUAACCAGAACAACACACUUCAUAUGUACAGCAAGGGUCAGGGCCCUAUCUCCAUCUCCAGCUCCACCCUGGCCAUAGGGCCCCCGGCGGCGGUCGGCGGCGGCAACAACUGGUUCUACAUCACCAACAACACGGUGCUGCAGCUGCUGAACUCCCGCCUGAACUUCACGGACGGCCAGGCUUGGGUCGUGGAGGACAGCACCGUGGCGACGUCACAGAGCAUCGUGGAGCUCACAAACACCAUACUGUACGGAAAUGGGAGCAGCUUCGUCUUCUCAAGCGCCACGUUGUGGCGCACGCAACCCAAUAUCGCUGACGAUGCGCAUCUCACAAUAAACGUGCACAAGGGUUGCCGCCAUGUCGCUUACCCCGCCAGGUACAUCCAUUCGGAUCCGGUCAAGACCGCUCCACCGACGGUUGGCGGCGCAUCUGUUGUACAUCAGCCGUACAUUUGGCUUGAGAACAGCGACAUGUCGGUGUUCGGCUCCCUGGUUAUUAUGAGCAACGUGACUGCGCUGCUGACCAACAGCACCCUGCUGCUCACGGACAGCACCUUGCAGCUGUACAACACCACCCUGGAGUUGUGGGCCAGUCCGCUGGGCCUCAACAACUCGCGUGUGGAGCUGUACGACGGCAGCAUGAUCAAUUUCUACUGCGGCUCUGUGGCGGUGUUCGAGAACAUCGUGACAGCCGCAAACCUGACCAACCCCAUCACUCUACCGCGCCUGGCGGGCACAACGCAAGGCCUCGUUGGCGAACCAUUGGGGACAGUGGACACGGUGCUGUACGACGAACCGUACGGCGUCCUAGUGCUAUCAGCGCCCGGGGAGAAGUCCGGUUGGUCCAGGGGCCGUCGCUCGGGCGCAAGGGAUGCUUGA